AUGGCUCCACAUACGCAGCAUCUGGUGCAUAGUCAUGCACACGAAGAAGAUCUUCCUGGGACUGUUAAUUUACAAGUUGCGGAGGGCGAUGACACGGCGUACGGCCAGGCACUGUUUCCAGUACCCGCAGAAGAUCCGAACGAUCCUCUCCAGUGGUCCAACACGAAGAAAUCGCUGAUUCUAGCGGUCUGCUCCUUGUACUCCUUCCUCGGGAAUUCCGCUCUCCUGGGACCGUCCGUCUACAUUAGCUUAUACUCGGAGCUCUUCAGUAUCACUCCAACGAAAGCCUCCGAUCUGGUUUCGUACCCCAAUCUUGCGUUUGGCUUCGGAUCGUUGAUUCUCGUACCGUUGUACUUGAAGAUUGGCCGGCGACCCGUCAUGUUGGGAUCGAUGAUUCUGUUUGCAGCAGGCUUGAUUGGAGCUUCUCAGGCAACUACUUUCUCUGGUCUGAUGGCUGCUAGAGUCAUCCACGGUUUUGGUUCCGGAGUGUGCGAAGCCCUCCCCGUGCAACUUGUGAACGACAUUUUCUUUCUUCACGAGCGCGGAAAGAGAAUUGGAUACUACACAGUGUGUCUUUGCUUCGGUUCCACGGGCCCACUUUAUGCAGGUUACAUGCUAGCAGGAGGCUACUCCUGGCGUCUGUUCUUCUACGUUGAAUUUGCGUUCGCCAUGGCACUGCUCAUAUUCGCCUUCUUCGUCGUCGAGGAAACGUCAUACAAGAGAAAUAAGGUCCCGUCGGCUCCAGUUUCUAGUGCGAACUCGGACAAGGGCAUGGAAGCUACUCACGAAGAAGUCGCUCCGAUCAUUCCUCCGCGGAAGUCAUAUCUUAGUACCCUAAAGCCGUGGAGCAGUAUCGAUUAUGAGUCCGACUUUUGGAUUAUGAUUCCAAGAUCGUUUACGUACUUUUUGGUCCCGCAGGUGCUGUGGGUAAUUACCAGUUUUGGUAUUUACAUUGGGCUCGGCGCGCUUGCGUUCAAUUAUACCUUUCCGAUCAAAAUUACAGCACCGCCUUACAACUGGAGUCCCACAAACUCUGGCCUCAUCACAAUCGCCUCAUUUCUAGGUUACCUAUUCGCCAUCCCCUUCACCCCUUCCUCUGAUCGUCUCGCCGCCCAUCUCACCCGCAAAAACAACGGCAUCCGCGAAGCAGAAAUGCGCCUCGGUGUCAUCCUCCCCGCCAUGAUAAUCGCCCCCUGCGGCAUCAUCCUCUACGGCCUCGCAGCCGAGCACAAUCUGCCAUGGAUCGCCUACUUUUUCGGCGUCGGGAUGGACCAAUGGGGCUCGCUAUUUUACUUCACCUUUACCUUAGCCUAUGCAGUGGAUAGCUACCAGGCUAACACAAGUGAGAUGUUGAUUGCGAUGAAUUUGGGUAAACAAGCGAUUAGUUUUGGUAUGGGUAUUUAUCUGUUGGACUGGAUCCUGGAGCGGGGAUAUGCGGUUACGAUUUCCGGGAUUUUUGCGGCCGUGUUAUUGGCGAAUAAUUUGUGUUUGCUGAUCUUUAUGUUCUGGGGGAAGAAGAUUCGGAUCUUUAUGAGUAAGACUUGGUUGGCGAGGCUGCAUAAGACGACGAUUAAGACUGUUGGAGAAGUCGCUUGAGGGAUGGGGUGAAAAGAUUGUAGAUAGGCGCACCAUGCAAGAUUUCGCCG